CAUUUUGUAUUUUUCUUACCAUGCUCUUCUUCUUCUCCCACCAAUUCCUAUGUCCUAAACCUUCCAACUUAUCCUGAAUUUUCAUCAUUGGUUAUAAAUUACUAAUAAUUUUGGAAAAAAUAAAAAUAAAAAAUCAUGGAGAGUACUGACUCGUCGACAUGCUCCCAACAGCCUCAGCUUCCGCCCGGCUUCCGCUUCCACCCCACCGAUGAAGAAUUGGUGGUGCACUACCUCAAGAAGAAGGCCGCCUCCGCCCCGUUGCCCGUCUCCAUCAUAGCCGAGGUCGAUCUCUACAAAUAUGAUCCUUGGGAACUUCCCGCAAAGGCUAUAUUUGGGGAGCAAGAGUGGUAUUUCUUCAGCCCGAGGGACAGGAAGUACCCGAACGGGGCACGGCCGAACCGCGCAGCGACAUCGGGUUAUUGGAAGGCUACGGGGACCGACAAGCCGGUGCUGACGGCCGGCGGGACGCAGAAAGUUGGAGUGAAGAAAGCUCUGGUUUUCUACGGCGGAAAGCCGCCUAAAGGGAUCAAAACCAACUGGAUCAUGCAUGAAUACAGGCUCGCUGAUAAUAAGCCCGCCUCGAAUAAGCCACCGGGCUGUGACUUUAGCAACAAGAAGGCCUCACUAAGACUUGAUGAUUGGGUUUUGUGCCGAAUUUACAAGAAGAACAACGCGCAGAGGCCGGUGGAUCAAGAACGGGACGAGCUGAACGAUGUGAUUGGUUCGAUCCCACCAACUAUAUCAAUCGGACAACAUAAAUUCUUGGACAACAACGAUCACCAAAACUAUUACGAAGGUAUGAUGAUGAAUGAUUCAAUGAAUUCUCAUCUAGGGACAAAUAAGGCAAGUACUGGUCAUCAUCAUCAUCAUCAACAGCUACCCCUAGUGGCUCACAACCUGCUCCCUACAAAGCGGGCGCUGCCCAAUUUGUACUGGAACGACGUGGAGGGGAACGAUAAUUCUGCCUCAACUAAGAGGUUCCUGUCUGAAAACUGCGUUGGCAGAACGGACGAGACGACAUCUAUAGCAACUAUUCUCAGCCAACUGCCACAAACACCUUCUCUGCAGCAACAGACAAUGCUGGGAAACCUUGAAAAUGGGGUUUUCGGACAGCAAACGUAUCAGGUUUCUGGGAUGAAUUGGUACUCUUAGUUCAUUAGAAAUGCUUGUUUCUUUUUGUUUUUUUCUCUUGGGAGGAUUUUAGUAUAUAUUAAUAUAAUUAAAAAGAAAAACUAAGCAGAUAUGGGAAUUUAUUGGAGAUUUUGUUGCUAGCUAUAGGUCAUGAAGAAUAUACACAAAAAUAUUAUUAUUAUUAUUACACAGGUUAUUUUACUAUUUAAAUA